UUAGUCUGUUGUUGUGCCUUGCCUGAAGCGGUCCGCUUGUUUGCCUUUGCAGUAGUCCAGCCGUCAAACGAUAACGCGUGAAACAAAGAAAAAUCUGAGAUGAUGGGGCAAUCGCUGCUGCUGUUGCUUGCCUGCCUCGUUUUUGUCUGGCAGACAAUUAAUGCAGCCUCCGCCUGUCCGCGUGCGCCCACCCACUUGCUUCAUGGUCGACGCACACGCGGCGACAAUGGAUACAAACUAAUUGUGGCUGAUGGACCCAAUGGAUAUGUACCCGGGAAAACAUAUAAUUUACUCCUGCUCGGCUCUCGCACGCACACUAAGGUGCAACAUUUCACCCACUUCACCAUUACUGCAGAGGCUCAAACUGGCGCCAGGCGCCCCCAAGUGGCCAGCCCUCGACGCGUGGGCCGGUUCCAGCUAUUUAGUGAUUCGCUAACCCAAUUCAAUGAUCGAUGUGUGAACACUGUCUCGGAGGCGGAUGAUUUGCCCAAGACGGAAGUCCAGGUGAUGUGGGUAGCUCCAGAGUCCGGAUCUGGCUGCGUCUCACUCUCCGCCAUGGUGUACGAGGGGCCGCGUGCGUGGUAUGCGGAUGACGGCCACCUGUCGGCGGUGAUCUGUGAGCGCAAGCCCGACGCUGCCACGGCUCAGAAGGAAUGCUGCGCCUGCGACGAGGCCAAGUACAGCUUUGUCUUUGAGGGCAUCUGGUCGAAUGAGACGCAUCCCAAGGAUUAUCCGUUUGCCAUCUGGUUGACGCACUUCUCGGACGUGAUUGGGGCCUCGCACGAGUCCAACUUCUCGUUUUGGGGUGAGAACCACAUUGCGACCGCCGGUUUUCGCUCGUUGGCCGAAUGGGGAUCGCCGGCAGCUCUGGAGACGGAGCUGCGUGCCAACGGCCCCAAGCUGCGUACUUUGAUCAAAGCCGCUGGACUCUGGUAUCCCAAUGUGAACGAGAACACCUCCUCCAAGUUCCGCGUGGAUCGGAAGCAUCCCAAGGUGUCCAUGGUGUCCAUGUUUGGCCCCUCCCCGGACUGGGUCGUGGGCAUCAGUGGCGUCGAUCUUUGCACUGACGACUGCAGCUGGAAGGAGUCUCUGGACUUUGAUUUGUAUCCCUGGGAUGCUGGCACCGACAGCGGAAUCUCCUACAUGUCGCCCAAUUCAGAGACACAGCCGCCGGAACGGAUGUACCGCAUCACGACAAUGUACCCAGAGGAUCCGCGUGCUCCGUUCUACAGUCCACAGAGCCGCGAGAUGACGCCCCUGGCCAAGCUGAGCCUGCGCCGAGAGAAGAUCGUGUCGCGAAACUGCGACGAUGAGUUCCUGCAGGCACUGCAACUGGAGGUGUCGGACGAUGCCGAGGAGCAGGACACUCGCGCUGAGUGCCGGGUUAGCGACUAUUCCACGUGGAGCCCGUGCUCGGUGACCUGUGGCAAGGGCAUUCGGAUGCGCGGCCGGCAGUAUACCCACCCACAGCAGGCGGAGCAGGCCAAGUGCAGUCGCCAAUUGGUGUCCAAGGAGAUGUGUGUGGCUGCGGUGGCCGAGUGCGCCGACGGCUCAGCGCCCAGCCGCGACCGCGACGAGGAUGAGGGCGAAAACCUGGCCAACUCGCAGUCACUGGUCAACGAAAACGGCGAGGGAGCCGGCCUCUGCAAGACCUCGCCCUGGAGCGUGUGGUCAGAGUGUUCUGCCAGCUGCGGAAUCGGAAUCACCAUGCGAACGCGCGCCUUUGUCAACCAUCUGGGUCGCAAGCGCUGUCCGCACAUAACCAUCGUGGAGAAGAACAAGUGCAUGAGGCCAGACUGCACGUACGAGCAGGUGGAGCUGCCCGAUCCGACCUGUCCCACCACACAGUGGAGUGAUUGGAGCCCGUGCUCCGCCACCUGUGGCCGCGGCGUGACCAUUCGCACCCGUCUCCUGUUGCUGGAGAACGGACCAGAGAAGGAGAACUGCACGCAACGAAUGGAGCUGCACCAACAGAAGGAGUGCGUCAAUCCGCAGGACUGCCACAUCAAUAUGGAGCUGGCCAAGGACAUUUGCGUCCAACAGCCGGACUCUGGUCCAUGUCGCGGCAGCUAUCAGCGCUACGCCUUCAAUCCGCUCACCCAUCGCUGCGAUGCAUUUAGCUACGGCGGCUGCCGGGGCAACCGGAACAACUUCCUCACGGAGAACGACUGUCUGCAGACCUGCAGCAUGAUGGGCUCCUCCUCGAGCACGGCUGACCAGGAUGGCAAUCUCCCCAAGGGUUGCAUCAUGUCCGAGUGGGCUAAUUGGUCUGCCUGUAGCGUCAGCUGCGGUGUCGGCUUCUCCGAGGGCCAUCGCUUCGUCAUAAGCGAGCCGAAGCAUGGCGGCCAGUCCUGUCCCAAGCGUUUGGUCAAGCAUCGUCGCUGCACUAUGCCCGGGCUGCUAGCCAUCUUCAAAGUCCCAACCAAUCCCCACUCAAUGUGCGUUGUCUCCAUGGACGAUUUGAAGCAAUAAUAAAUGAUUAUUU